AUGAGUGAAUACCAAAGCAGUGAUGAGGAAAAUGCUGAAAACCAAAGGAGUGAUGAUGAAGAAGAAAUUGGUCAAAGCAGUGAGGACGAAUGGCCUAAUUCAGAUGGGAGCCGGAGAUGCAUUGUCUCUGACCCAUCUCACCCUCACGAACUCUCCCGUCAAGCCGGUGUUAAGACUAAGCAAAAGUGCUUUUCUUGCGGAAAAAGAAGCAUUACUUGGGAGCUAGCACACGAUAAGAACUUCCAUUACUCCUGCACCAUCUGCCAAGUAGAGUUCCACCGUGAAUGUCGCAAGCUUCCAACCAAAGUUUCAUCAUGCCGGGUCUGCUACAAGAAUGUUGACAUCAAGUAUGGUCAAUAUUCUUGCAAUCAUAGGGAUUGCUCUUAUGUAGCUCAUUCAAAAUGUGCAACGCAUUAUCAAGUAUGGGAUGAGCAAGAACUCGAGUGGGAACCCGAAGAAGCUGACGAAACUGAAGCUGUUGCGCCAUACAAGAAAGUAGGUGGUGGUUUGAUACAACAUUUUGGUCAUCAUGAAGAUCAUUAUCUAAAGCUCGAGAAAUACGAUGGUUCAAGAGACUCGGGAAAGCAAUGCCAGGCGUGUAUGCGUUAUAUCACCUCUCAUGAUGAUUUCUACAGCUGCAUCGAAUGUGCUUACUUUCUCCAUGAAGUAUGUGCCAAUCUUCCUAGAAAACUGGAUCAUUUGUUGCAUAUCCACUCUCUUUACUUGUACCCGUCGUAUACUCAAUUCUACUGCGAUUACGGUGACUUAUGGUGCUGCCAUUGUACACGAGAGUCAAGUGGUUGGAUGUACAUAUGCAUAAGAGACGAAUGUAUCAAAAACAGUUCAGUAUUUCACCUAGAUGUUAACUGCAUUUCAGUUCCCGAGUGCUUCACCCAUGCAAGUCAUGCAGAACAUCCUUUAUUCGUUGCAACCGGAACCCGUAGUGGAAUUCUCUGCCAAGGUUGCAAGAAAGAAACUUUUCGGUAUCAUCUACAUUGUACUAUAUGCGAAUUUGCCAUAUGCUACGAAUGCUCCACAAUUCCAAAUGAGAUAUACUACAAAUAUGAUGAGCAUCCUCUCUCCCUUUGUUAUGAAGAAAGUGGCGUGGAUCACACGUACUGGUGCGAAGUAUGUGAGAAAAGUUUAGAUCCAACGGAAUGGUUCUACACAAGUAGCCAAGGUUGCACCACAAUCCACCGUAAAUGUUUAUUCGGAGAUAUUGGUUACAUGAAGUCUGGUCACACAUUUGAUUACAAGGAUUAUAAGGUGGAAGUGGUUGGCAAUGGUCGUAGCUCUCGUCCCAAAUGUCAGGUAUGUCGCCAACGUUGCCUACUUCCCUUAUACUUGAAAUUGUAUAAGCCGGAUGGGACUGAAGUUGCUAUUUGUUCUUUUCGUCACCUCUACGGAGGAAUCAAGUGA